GUUCCACAAUGGUACAGCCAGCAUCACGCUGCACAAUGGUUUCCAGGCAGUGAAAGAGGGUGAUUCAGCAAGCCACUCUUUCUUCCCCUUUUAUUUCAUUAUUAUCAUAUGUUUUCCCUCCCUUUUCCCCCCUCUGCUUUAUUUUUUUCCCCAGGGAUUUUAUUUAGUACACUUUUUUAAAAAAUUGGUUUGCCUUGAAGUCACCUGCCCAUCAUUUUAAUUAUUAUUAUUUUUUUAAUACUCCAUCUCUUCCUCCUCAGUUUGGAAUGUGGUUAAAAAUACCACGUAAGGUUGCAGUUUGAGGGAAGGGUUGCUGUACCGGGAGCAUAGUUCGCAGGCACGGAAUGGGCUAGCAUUAGAAAUUGGUACCAGCAGCAGGCCAGAUUCAGCUAUGGGAAUUCAGGCAUGAAGUUGACCCCUCUCAAUCAUUUCCUAUAGAUGAGACAUAGCACAAGCUGUGGUAUUUAUGAGCCGCCAUUUCUUAUACUACUGCAGUGAACCUACCCUGGAUGUGAAGAUUGCCUUUUGUCAGGUGUGUGUUCCUUACAGGUAAAACAAGAUGAGGAAGGGACACUAUGACAAGGGUUUCAAAAAAUUAUCAAUAGAAACAAACUCGACAAGAAGGCAAAGAAUACUUGGCUUGUCAGAGGGAUUUGGAAAACAAGUGGAUGUGUCAUAUAUUGCCAAACAUUACAACAUGAGCAAAAGCAAAGUUGACAACCAGUUCUACAGCGUGGAAGUAGGUGACUCGACCUUCACCGUUCUCAAGCGCUACCAGAACUUAAAACCUAUUGGCUCUGGGGCUCAGGGAAUAGUUUGCGCUGCAUAUGAUGCCGUCCUUGACAGAAAUGUGGCUAUUAAGAAGCUCAGCCGACCAUUUCAGAAUCAAACGCACGCCAAACGAGCUUACAGGGAGCUGGUCCUCAUGAAGUGUGUGAAUCAUAAAAAUAUUAUCAGUUUAUUAAAUGUCUUCACACCACAGAAAUCUCUGGAGGAAUUCCAGGAUGUUUACCUGGUAAUGGAGUUGAUGGAUGCCAACUUGUGCCAGGUGAUUCAGAUGGAAUUAGACCAUGAACGAAUGUCUUACCUGCUCUACCAAAUGCUGUGUGGGAUCAAGCACCUUCACUCUGCGGGAAUCAUUCACAGGGACUUAAAACCAAGUAAUAUUGUGGUAAAGUCCGAUUGCACGUUGAAGAUUCUGGACUUUGGACUGGCCAGGACUGCAGGCACCAGCUUCAUGAUGACUCCCUAUGUGGUGACACGUUAUUACAGAGCACCAGAGGUCAUCUUGGGAAUGGGCUACAAGGAGAAUGUGGAUAUAUGGUCUGUGGGAUGCAUUAUGGGAGAAAUGGUUCGCCACAAAAUCCUCUUUCCGGGAAGGGACUAUAUUGACCAGUGGAAUAAAGUAAUUGAGCAGCUGGGAACACCAUGCCCAGAAUUCAUGAAGAAGCUACAACCCACAGUGCGGAACUACGUUGAGAACCGACCUAAGUAUGCUGGUCUCACUUUCCCCAAACUUUUCCCAGAUUCUCUCUUCCCAGCCGACUCAGAACACAACAAACUCAAAGCCAGCCAAGCCAGGGACCUUUUGUCAAAGAUGUUGGUGAUUGACCCAGCCAAGCGGAUAUCAGUGGAUGAAGCCUUACAGCAUCCAUACAUUAAUGUGUGGUAUGACCCUGCAGAAGUGGAGGCGUGGAGUGUUUUCUGCUCACCAGACUUAAAAAAGCCUCCUCCUCAGAUAUAUGACAAACAGCUGGAUGAAAGAGAACAUACGAUUGAGGAAUGGAAAGAAUUGAUCUACAAGGAAGUAAUGAAUUCUGAAGAAAAAACUAAAAAUGGAGUAGUAAAAGGACAGCCUUCUCCUUCAGGUGCAGCAGUGAACAGCAGCGAAAGCCUCCCUCCAUCCUCAUCUGUCAACGACAUCUCCUCCAUGUCCACUGACCAAACCCUGGCAUCUGACACCGACAGCAGCUUGGAAGCUUCUGCAGGACCCCUCGGUUGUUGCAGGUGACUAGCCGCCUGCCUGCGAAACCCAACGUUCUUCAGAAGAUGAGGCAAUUUAGGGGGAAAAUAAUAACAAGAAUAAACGAUGGAAAGGAAGAGAAAUAAAAGAUAAAGAUUUAAAUGAAACAAAACCCUUUUCAGCCUGCUUCUCCUACAGAGUUAUGUAAUGCAGCUAAGCUCAAGUAUAUAUUUAACUUAUAGUUGCUCUGCUUUGGUCUUCUUCCAAUGAUGCUUACUGAAAAAAAAGGGAAUUAAAGAAGCCUUUUUUUCCCCAUGAAAUGUAAAAUUAAUGGCUGCAAAACCAGCAACCUGCAACUGUCCUUUUUCACACUGGCAUGACGAGGUGUGCAGUAGCCACUCUACAUAUGUAUGUGUGUGUAUCUGAUUUCACUAUCUUGCUAAUCUAUUUUACUACUUCUGGCCACUUAGAUAUAGAUACACACACAUUUAUCUCAGUACCUGUACAGCAAACAUACACAAAUGUGUAUGAUAGUAUGUGCAACUGUGUAUCUCUAUACAUUAUAUACAGAUAUGCAGUGUGCACUCUAGAACUAAUUGGCCCAUUUCAUGUGAACAUCUGUAACAUAUUGCCAGUAUAUAAUCUGUUCUGUUUGUUCAUUAAGUUGUAUAUCAGAUAAGAUUUGUAAAAGCAAAAAUAAUAAGUCAAGCCUGAGCUCUCUCAGACCCUUGAAGAUGUAGCACCCCAAUUUCAACUGAUAUAUAUAUUUUUAAUAAUACUGGUUUGUACGGAGGAUGCACGGAAUGGAGAUUUACAAGGAAAAUGUGCAUGCUAACAUUUGUUGCUUUGAUUUUUAGCACAGAUAUGAGCUAGGACCAGGUUAAAAGGAAGCAUAUCUAUCUUUGGGAGCUGUUGGGGUUGAGGAUGGAGGAGUUGUCCUGUGAAUACCUAAUAUCUCAGCCCACAAGGACUUCAGAGACACACUUUUCAUAGUGAUAAUACAGUGAGUUAUUUUUCUUAGCUUAUAGAUAGGCUUAUCAUUGUUAAUUAUAAUGUGUAUGUGUGUGUUAGGGGCUAAAAUGUGGGGGAUAGGCUCAGAUAACAACAAGAAGGAUGUACACAAUUUUUAUGUAUCAUUUAUGACUAGGUGCUUGGUCAGCCAGGAUUGCAGACAAGGGAUGUUUGCAGUCUACUCCCUCUCUAGGUAUUUGUUGCUGCAAAGGAGUUGAAUUCCCUUUAAAUAAUUUCCCUUGUGGGAAUUACAUUACUUGGACAUCAUUGAUUCUAUAGUUCGUUUCAGCCUUCCCCCCCCCGCCCCCCGGUGACAAAUCAGCUGAUUCCUCAAAGUGCUUCAUCAACUGGGCUACACCUAGCAGGUUAGUAAAUUGAAUGGUCAAAUAUUCUCAUACAUUUAAUAUGCUUUGCCUUUAUUUAACAGCCAGGAGCCAAGCUGAGAGUGUAACAAUCAGGAUCUCAGGCAGCUUUUGCAUAUUUCAAAGAAGCCAAUAUUGAGUAAAUAUCAAUUGGAUUUUGAUGGAUAAUAAUACUUUGGACUUGCAGCAGAGAGUAGUGUCAGGUCUUUUAACAGCGUACAGCAACACGACACAAUUGUUUAGGGCAACUGAAGAACUGUUUUUCCUCCUAAAACAGCAAUGAGAAUUUUAGGUAGGCAAAAUGCAACUGUCUGAGUUGGAAUUUAGCCAGGAUUCUAGGGUUCACAUCUCUCUCCUCUUAUCCAAAUGUGCUGUGCCAUCUGUAAUGUAUGCCUCAUCCAAAUGGCAGGAAAAGUUAAUUUAAAUAGCUUAUUCUAGUUAACUGUAAUGUAUGACAAUUUUUGAAUCUACAAAUAUUUGAUUGGACAGUUGACAAAUCUGCCAUCCCUAAACUGGGGAAAAUAUCUGAAUAUCAACUGAGAUUUUGUCCAAAGUAAAAAGCAAACAAUAAAGCUUCCACUCAAGUAUGUAAAAUAAAAAUAAAGAAUAAAUGUAAUGUAAACUCAGAGUUAGUAGCUCUGAGUGGUCUUGAAAUUACACUAUAAAGUAAUUUUUCCCCAGGUAUGUUUUGGUGGCUUUUUUUCCAUGACAUUUUUUCAUAUAUUGAAAACAAAAUUAUGUAUGUAAUUUUUCAAAAAAACUCAGUUUCAGCAGUAGGUGUGAAAGCAAUAAGUAUAAACAAUAAAUCACUACUGCUAAUAGAUUUAGCAAUAUUCUCUCUUAAAGCCAUGAAACAUCAAAUCAUCGUUUAGCAACAUGACCUUAAUCCAGCCUCAGGUGAAUGCAAAUACUCGUGAAAGUGUUUAAAGGGAUACCACAAUGCAUUGUAGGUGUGUCAAAAGCAAUAACACUGAGGGGGAUUCCCUAGCAAUAAUAGCAGUUAUCAGCUCCAGCUUUCAAGCAUCAUACGUUAACACUAGUAAAAUAUAGAGAAUUCACCUCCAUUUUAGGUUGUCUUCUCAACUGAAAAAAGGGUGAGCCUCUUGGAGUGACAGAUUAUUAAAUGAGUACAACUAAGCACAACCAUGCCAUAGACUUUCGGAACAAUGUCUGGGAAGUCCUUCGUAGAGAGCUACUUAAAGUGUGUGGAAACUCUCCCAAGUUUAAUCUGUCAAAACUAGAACAGUGACCACUCUCCUGUGCGGUACAAUUCAUUUUCCCCUGGGCUGAUGAAAAGGGGUGCGGGCACCAUAAAAGACGUCCCAGCGAUUGGCACUCUAGGAAUCCCUAAGAUAGAGAAUACAGUUUAUCUAAAUGCCCAUCUAAGGCCCUGAUUCAUCAAAACACCAAUGCAUGUGCCUAAGUCACACACAGGUCAAUGGGAUUUACUUAUAAUUAAGCAUAUGCUUUAGUUCUUUGCUGAAUAGGGAUGAACAUAGUUAAGUGCUUUGCUGAGUUGUGGCCUAAGUAAACAAUCAUAGCAUUUCUUUUUAUCCUUAAAUUUGUCAAUCUUCCUUUUGGGCAGCUCUGCUCUUUGAAGGGUGCAAGGCUCUCCACCCUGGACAAAGCUAUCAGCAAAUGAGCAAUAGACCUUGUCGGAUCUGUCAGAGCUGGAGUAACAACCCCUCAAACCUGAAUAGUAUCAUUCAUUUUCCCUUGGCUCAGGAAGUUGAUGCUGUCAGCAUGUAACCUAAAGGAAUACAGGUACCGAUCAACUAGAAACUACAGUGACUCAUGCUCUGUAAAUACCUAUGGAUAGAUAAAAACCUUCAUAGCUUCUAGAAGUUCCAGACAUCGGUGUUUCAAGCCUUUUCCUCAUUAGUUCAAUAUUGUAGCCAGCAUGAAAUGAUGGUUGCUCUUAUUCUCUCUCUUGCAAGUGAUUUUUAAAUCUACCUCUGUUUUUAAUAAUAUUAAUUAAUACCUCGCACUUAUAUGCUUUCAAAGUGCUUUACAGCUAAAAUAAUGGAAAGAAUGAGACACAUUCUGGCUAAGGGCUAGAUUUAAUGCCUGAAGCUGCUGAUAGGAACCUAUGCACUUUUGAAAUAUCCCACUAGGCACCUAACUGUCAUUGACUUCCAUUGAAGUUAGGUGCCUAGGUGCUUUCGAAAAAUCCACUAGGCACCUAUCUGCAUCUUCAGGUCUCUGAAACCUUUAAAUACCUGCCCUUAAGUGACUUCCUUAAAUCAUGUUGAUAGCCACUGGCAGAGUAAGGUGAUUGCCAAUCUCUGUUCUGAACACUAGUUAAAGUCACUUUAAGAAACUGUAAAAGGAGGAAAUGAUUGAAGAACCUUUCCAAUGGGGCUACUACAUCUUCAGGGGCAUCUUCCUAAGUUUCUGGAUGAUAUGAGAACCCUACAGGAAUUACAGUGUACUAAUGCUUCUAAGAGACUGAUAUUUUUCCUUGUUUGAACGAGAAGGAGGUUGAAAUAAACAGAUGGUUAUGCAGAUCUAGCUAUUGGUAUGGAGAUUAACCUUGCUCCUGCAAACUUGAUGGCUGUUGGAAGAGUGGUUUCUUUUUAGGCUUGCUCUGGUUAUGCAACACCCACAAUGCAUGACUGACUAAUCAUUUCCCUUAUAGAAAAAUAUAGAAUGUAACAGAAAAUUAUCACCAGCCUAUAGAAUUUAAAUAGAGGUAUAAUUUUCUGCUAUAGGAUUCUAAAGAUUGGUUCACUAAAUCUCCAUAAAGGAUAAUAUCCAGAGUGCCCUACUGGUUUCAAUAAAUUCUAAAGAAACAUUCCAUGAGGACUGUAAAGUAUCUUUAGACAAUUAAAGUAUUUCUUUAAGUUGGUCCAACGCUGAGAUGUUUGCAACUCACAUUCUUCUUCUGAAUUAUUCUAGUUUACAUGGGAUGCCUGAUGUAACCUCAAGUUCAGUAGAAUCCUACAUCACAUGGCGUGGAAGUACACUUGGGGUAGCUUAUUUUGUUGAUCAGAAACAGAACCUAGAUGACGAACACAUCCCUCAUUCAGUGAAUUUUUCCUUUUGAAAUUCUUUUCUUCAUGGCAUAAAUCUGUAACUCCAAGAGGUGGCAACAUUGGCUAGAUCAGAUGAUGCUGUGACAGUACCACUCACUUUGCUCAAUUUACAAGCCAAGCUGAGGCUCCCGUAUGUGGUUUCACCUUCAGGCUGUUACCUGGUGCUUACUGAAGAAGCUAGACUUAUGUUAGUGCCCUGAGGACAAUUUCCAUAAUACUGUCCCUUCAUUAAAUCCCAUCCAAGUUGAUACCAUUGAGUAGAGCUCGUUGGAAGUUUUCUAACAACAAUUUUUUUUCAUCUGAACAUGCUGAUUCAUCAGAACCCAAACUGUUCGUGAGACAGGGUUGGUUUUGAUGAAGCUUCCAAUUUGAAAAAAUUUGGAGGGAGAAAAAGGUUUUGAAAUUGGCACAAGUCCCAAGUUGACCUGAUCUGCUUUGUAUUAUUAUGAUCAGUUUGCAGAAAUUUUUCAAGAUUUUCCCUAUUUGGGACAAGACAAAUUUUCAAAAUCUCUAAAAUUCUCAACCCAGCUAUACUCUUUAUUGUUUCUGAGGAGAGGAACACAGAAUGAAAACCUGUUGGGAAAGAAUUAGAUUUUUGUUAAAUAGUCAGGCAAACACAAGUGUGAGUUAGGUGUUUAGGUUUGUAUUUUUUCUGCGUGCACGAGUGGGUGUGUGUUUUUAGGUUCUUCGUGAUAUACUAAUAUUUGAUCCAAAUUUCUUAAUGUGGAAAAUGACCCUGUAAACUUAAUCAAACCUUGCAUCUUCAAGAAUCUGAUAGUUGUGCUUGUUUCAAUUUACAUCAGUUUUCAAAGGAUACCAUUAACUUGUGGCAGGCUGAAGAUGAACUUUAAAUAAAUAUACCCCCUGCACAAACAAAAAAACAAUGUUCAGCAGAUUUGAAUAUUCCACAACUAUGUAAUGUCUUAAUUAGAAAAAAAAAUUGUUUGUCAUCUUUGAGGAGUUGGAAAAUAACUCUGUCCAAUGUAGUUUAGUGGAAUCCAUGAGAUAUAUUAGGAACUUGUCAGUAAGACCUAAUAUCUCUUUUUUUUAAUUUGGUAUUGAUUGCAAGAGCUGAAUUGUUUAAACCUCAUUUCUGUUCAAUCUCGUUGACAAAUGUCAGGUUAAGGCUUUUGGAGAAGGUCCAAGUCUGCAAAAAGAACAUUGAAAACUCCUGCCAAGGCCAAUUGUCACGUCCAUCACUGAGCAACAGAAAAUGCAACAUUGUUUUCACAUGGAAUUUUAGUGUGACCUUUUGGUUAGCUGGCAGAAUUCUACAUUAAGUCUCUCACCAGGCCUGUUUUAACCAACUCCCAGGACUUUGACUUACAUCCCCUUAAACACAGAAGACUGAGGCAGGCAGCUCUCAAGGCUGGAAAAGAAAAUGCCAUUCUUCAGGCCUGCAGGAUUUAAAACAUUGACUGAAAGGCAAUUUUAACUAACAGGAGGGUAAUAAAUUGUGGAGUGCCCCCAAAAUAAACCUUUUCCCUUUCACAUCUGACCCCCGAGAAUGAAAUCACUCCCACCGAAAACAACUACUGCAGAAGCCAUGUAUAUUAGCAAACAAUGCAUUAUGUUUUCUUCCUUAUCUCAUGCGUGGAUGCCAGGUAGUUUAGAGUUAGGGACUUGUUUGGAAAGCAAAGCUCCUACACUAACUACAAUCAUUGCUGCUGUAUGGAACUCACUUUAACAACAACACUAACCUAGGCCCAACCCUGCAUUCCUCAGUGAGGCAAAACUCCUGCUUUACGUCCGGCAGGAGUUUUGUCCAAAUAAAGCAGGUGGGAUUAGCGUUAGAAUCUUAUGGAGAUUGAACAAGUGAGGAGGAGGAAGAGGAUGUUCAACUACUAAGACUAGAUGUAAUUCCUUUAUGUAAAAUAAAUAGAAGUUCAUUUUU